AGAAUACGAAUCACCUAUCUAUUAUAUUUAAAUUAAUUUAAGUUUUGUUUUAUAAAACAUGACUACAGCAUGGAGACAAGCUUUGGUCAAAUUAGAUAGUCGUUUGCAGUCUCGAAUGUCUGAUAAAUUGAAGGAAAGGUGGAAUCACCCUGCAGGCUUAAAAACAAUCCAUUUCUGGGCACCAGCAUUUAAAUGGUCACUCGUUGUUGCUGGAGUGUCUGAUUACUUGCGCCCGCCAGAGAAGUUGAGUUUGAACCAGUCAAGUUCGCUUAUGGCAACAGGACUAAUUUGGUCACGAUACUCAAUGGUUAUUACUCCCAAAAAUUGGUUGUUGUUUUCAGUCAAUAUCUGCCUUGGUCUGACAGGAGCAGUCCAAGUUGCUAGAAUUUUAAGGUAUCAACAAAGUAUCAAAGAAACAGAGAAGAAAUAACACAAUUCUUUUGUGCUCUAUUUAAUUUAUUUUACUGAACUGCCACACAUUAAAACUUAAGAAUUUUUCGUUUUUAAAUUGCACAAAAUAUAUUGCAGCUUUAUCAAUAAAUUUUGUUAUGUUUUGGUUCAC